UUUUCAGAAAUGUAUCCAACUGACAAGUAUGGGCUCGUGGCUCAUGGAAAGCAAACAAGGUUAAUCCAGAUUGAUAGUUAACAGAAGGUAGAAGUGGACCAAGUUUAGAAGGCAGCAAAGGCUAUGGAGACAUCUCCCAGAGUGGAUGGAGUGCCUAGUCAAAGGGAAAACAGCAGGCCUAAUAAAAGCCCAACUCCAAAGUCGAAAGUCCAUAAAGAGAAAAGAGGCGUUUCGAAGAAGCUCUGGAAUGAGAUUGUACAACUGUUUGAAUACCAUUUUCACUGGGGAGUUAUACUUUAUAGGUUUGGUAAUGGAUUAAUGGGUAUGGUCCCUGUAUACUGUAGCUGCAUGCAUGGACCCGACAAAGCUUGGUCUCCUAUUGGUUCGUUCUGGUCACCCCAACUCCUGCUCCCAUCACACAUGCCUACUUUCUUUCAAUCAAAUUGCCUCCAGCCUAACAAGGAGCAGGAUGAAGAAUUAGCCUCUGAGGAUAUGAACAGGCUUACUCUCCACCUAAUCAUGAUUACUUGACUUGACUUUGGUUGGACCCAUGGUUAUCUUGUUAGGGGAUGAUAAUAGUAGUUUUUUUUUUUUGCAUUCACCUUCUCUCGUCCGGUGUUCUUUCCUUUAA